AUGGCCUGCCCCAUCACCGUCACCAAAUUCAUCGGGACCUUUUCCCUCGGCCUGUUAACAGGCCUCUCAUACUCGGCAUCAACCAUCACCGUCCCCUCCCUAAGCCUCCUCACGACUUCUUCAGGCGCAUCCAAAUCCCUCGCCGAAGUCAAGCGCCUAAACCGCAAACACGGGCUCCGCCUCGCAAACAUCUCCAACGUCUGCUUGCUCCUCGCAUACGGCAUCUCUCCGCGCCACCGCAAGCACCCGUACCUGGUCUGGAUGGUCGUCAUGUCCACCAUCGGCUCCUACGGCGUCGACUACUGGUUCCAUCGCGAGAGUGGUGUCAAGGCUUGGAUCUGCAGCGUCGCUCAGGAUAUGGGGUACUUGUCUUCGCGCGCGAAGAAGACACAGAAGAAGGAGGAGGAUCUUGUUGUUGUCGAGGCGGAGGAGAGCGUCAAUGGGGAGAGUGUGCGGAGGGAGAUGGAUGCUGAGCGCCGCUUGCAAGGCGUGCGGGGGAUUUUCUCCGGUAUCGCGCUUGCGAUGGGGAUUGUUGGUCUGUGGGGAGACCGUCGUGCCUGA